AUGAAUACAUCACUCCCACCUCCUCUUCGAAGCAAGCUUGGCGGCAAGCGCGACUGGACACUCAAACCCAGACAAGACCUCACACCAGCAGUGAUUGGAUCACAAGAACCCAACAAAAUGCGAAUUGCACUGCUCAGUGUGACAGAAGCUGGCUUGGGUCGAGAGGUCUAUUACGAUCGGGGUUAUGGCAAUGGUGAGCCAUUCGACUGGAACGACGAGAGCGACAUUUUUCUCCUGAACGACUGGAGACGAGAGAAGAUUCGCAAGUACACACCUAGAGACUUGGGACAAAUAGAGCGCACAAUGGAUGUCAGAAAUCAGGGUAUCGAGAAUAAAAUUGUCAAGAAGCCAAGUGCUCCCAAGAUGACGGUAGAGCAGCCACAAAAGCCACAAAUCGCUCAAAAAGAAACUUCGACGAGAAUCCGAGAGCCUGUAGACUCCAACAGAAAUAUUGAUGAUGAAUUCAUCACAAUGGUCGCCAGCAGCAAAGAGAUGGAGAAGUUCCGUGCUCAGAAACGCAGAGCUGCACGUCACGUAACACCAAGACUUGCAAAUGGCCGUCGCCAGCAUCCAUCCAGUCGCCAAGGACCCAUAGAAUUUCUUCCAGUCGAUCUUGAUAGACUCAGAAACUUGACACCAAAGCAACAGCGACGCGAUCAGAACACGCACGUCAAGAACUGGUUUGUUAUUUUCGAGAUGAUUGAGAAAUCUUUCGACUUGCCGAGCCGCGAGAUUGGAGUCGAGUAUAAUUUUUGA